CACUCAUUCGUGGCUCAUUCACGAUUCGAAAGUCUACGCAAGCGGUCUGGUUUGUCUCUACACCAUAUUCACUUCCACUUCGCUCUCUCGCGUGAAAGUCGUAAAUUCGCAGCGGUAGAAAAGCAAUUGAAACUGCACUCUUGCAAUAUGCCUGAGAUACGUACGUGAAUAUCGCGCAGUGUUUGUGUGAAAGUUCAACAGUGAAAGCUGAAAAAACAAAGCAAGAAUACUUGCCUACAAAUCGAAAAGUAAAGAUACUCAAAGUGAAAAAGAAAAUCAAAGCAACCAUGGCCAAUUUAUGCCCUCUGAUGUUUCUGCCCUUUCGGCAAGUCCCCUCGGAGCCACGCCCACCGCCCAGCGCCACGGAAAAAAAGAGAGUGUCGCGCAAUCUGUUUGGGAGCAAUCCCGGGGAUACGGAUAUCGAUCAGCUGUUGGCCCAGGAGCAAUGCCGCCUGCGACGCUACGUGAAGGAGCGUUACGGAAUCGAUAUCCAGAAGGAGGAGCAUCGCGACCAGGAGAAGGAUGCCCUCAGGGGCAUGCGAUACCCGACUGCACGGGCGAUACCGAGUACCGAUGCCGAGUGCCAUCCAAAGUCCAGUCCAGUGCCGGGCGGCGCGGCCCUUACCGCCCCCCAGAUCUCCGCCAGUGCUCAGCUGAUCCUACAGAAUCGCAACGGCACGAGACACGGCCAAAAGCCAUAUGCGGCGCAGCCCCAAGGCCUCAAAAGCAUUUACCGCGUUCGCAAGGCCAACAAGGGGGUUUUGAAGUCCACCAGCCAGAAUAGCUACAGCAACAACAACAAUAAUGUGGAUAAUGGUACUAGCGAAUUGGAAGAUAAGGAGCAGUGACUUUGGUGAUGAACGACGAGGACGACGACCCCUGGUGGUGCAACAAUUGCAAUAUAUGAUAUUUAUUGUAAACCUAAUUUUAAUUUCUAAAAUAAUUUGUUUAUUUUUUUUUGUGUACCGCCCAUGCACAAACACUCUUGUGCAUGGAGUGUACGUUUGUUUUAACCAAGACUUGACGGUCCCAAAAUGUUGUUGCAUGAAAAUGAGAAAGCGAAAAAACAGCCAACCAGAAACAAUAACAAAAUGAAAACCAGAAAAAGAUCGGCGCGCGUGCACGGCCAAAAACAGGCAAAAAUAAUAAUAAUAAUACAUCCGGAUGCAUGGCGAUAUCGAUAUAAUUAUGGAAAUUAUUAAGUUAUAGAGAUACGUGUAUGUAAAAUAUUUAUGUGUAAAAGGAAAUUAAUUGUACAUUGGCAAUACGUAAAUUGUGGCGAAGAAGCGAAAGACUUAAACUGUUACUGGCAGAUUUACGGAGUAGAUUAAAUUGUAAUUAGGCAAUGCUAAUUUUAGAAAAGCGAUCGGCGCCAUGCAUCCGUUAUCCCCAAUCCAAACCAAUUCAAGCGUUCUCAGCGUGUUUUCGGUUCCUGAUGCACGCGUGUGCCAAAAGUAUUUACAAUUUACUUUGUGUCAUGAUCUCAAAUUAAAAAAAUUUUAUUAUUUUGUUUAUCUAAAUGUAAUUAUAAUUGAAAUUAUUUAAAAAUCUUCUUAGCCCACACAUAAACACACACACUUUCAUUCACACCCCCACCCAAACACUUUUACACGAGAAAACACUCUAAACUCAUAUUUAUUAUAGGUACAUUACCGAUGUGACAUUUUAAAUUGUAUGUACUGUCUAUGUAUAAUAUUUCGUAUCUAUGGCAAAACUAUUUCACCCCUUAAGACCCCUUGAAAAUCUAUUUUGAACAACCAAACUGUGUAUAUUGUGAGGAGUGCAAUCAAACUCCAAGCAGCUAAAUGAAAAAAAAAACCAUAAAAACAAAAAACAAAUACUGUGUAUAUUUCCUUAAAACUUUGUAAAACCUAUGCAAGCAAUCUCUCGAUCGAGGAGAGGGGCGAAAAAACAAAAAACUAAAAACUCUUAAAAAUACAAAUGUAAAGAAAACA